AGCUUUGAGGAAGUGCUGCUUCAAUUGUAGCGUUUGAAGCACGUAGCCAAGCGUCAGUCAUGGCACACUUUGACCCACAAUUUGGUCGCCGGCGCGGAAACAAUUGUAGCUUCUUUUUCACUGGGAAGCUAACUUGGUUCGUCUCUUAUCACGACGUCUGAUUCAGACGCCUCGUGUUGAUCUGUUGCCGUCCACAAAGGAAUCAUGUCUUCAACGUCCCAAAAACAUAAAGACUUUGUGGUUGGGCCAAUAGGUGACAAGCAUGUGUCGGCUCUCGCCGGCAUCGGAGAGGUCCUUGGAGAAAGACUAGAGGAGAAAGGUUUUGACAAGGCGUACGUCGUCCUUGGACAGUUCCUGGUGCUGAAGAAGGAAGAGGACCUUUUCCGGGAUUGGUUAAAGCACAUCUGUGGGGCAAAUUCUAAACAACAAGGUGACUGCUUUGCCUGUCUGAACGAAUGGUGCGAGGCCUUCCUAUAAACAAUUUCUUCUUUUAAUAGUGUUUCUUUAUUUUCAUAUAUAUAUAUAUAUUUAGUUAUAUACAUAUAACUAGCUGAAGUUUCAUGCAGAUAGUGUGAUCAUUUUAUGGAUUAUAUUUGUAAGCAGUUAACACACGCUGGCUGAUGCUCUGUUCUGUCUGUUGAAGAAAUAAGUGAUACAAAUGUGUGUUCCCGGCAGUGGCUGUAUGAAAUAAAAUCACAAGUGAGGGAAAAUCCUGAC